AUGCUCAACGACCGCGACGCGCCGCUGCCUCCGGGCCAGCAGCACCGGCCUUCCACUGGUGCGCUGAAAUUGGAACCAUAUGACGAGGUGGUUGAUGAUACUCCCCGAUACCCAACGGUUGUUCAGGGGCAUCGCAACAACAUGCAGAAGUUUAAGAACUGCGUUGUUCUGACUAGAGUUGGGGGCUUCUACGAGCUCUAUUUUGAGCAAGCUGAAGAGCUUGCCCCGUUCCUUAAUUUAAAGCUUGCUUCGAAAAAGACCAGCGCUGGUCCAGUUCCCAUGGCAGGAUUCCCUUUCUUUCAGCUAGAUCGCUUUCUGAAGAUACUUGUUCAAGAUCUGAAUAAAUACGUUGCGAUUAGCGAAGAAUUUGCUAACAGUGCGGAGGAGCGAGGCCGCUCUGGUAGCCUGCUGUUCGACCGAAAGGUGGCACGGGUUAUUACGCCAGGCACCCUGAUUGACGAAAAAUUCAUGGAUCCGUCCGAAAAUAACUUCUUGAUGUCGAUUUAUCUUGAUCCGUCUUCGCUAGGAAGUGUUCCAAGCCCUACUGACGGUACUGAUGAGUCUGCUCAUCAACAUGUUCUAACGUCGGCUUCGCAAAACGUUGGCCUGGCCUGGUUAGAUCUUUCUACUGGCGACUUCUUUACCCAGUUUACCACCGCCCAAAUGCUUCCAUCAGCGAUCGCAAGGAUAGGUGCUCGCGAAAUUCUCGUAGAUCAACACAUCCAAAAUCUAGUUGGACAAGAGCUGCAACUGCUUAUUGGCCAUGAACAGCGGCUGAUGUCCUUUUUCCACUUUCCUGAGGAGAUUCUACCGGUAUCAGACUGGACACCCAUGUUGGAAGCGCCUCUUCCAUCCCAGUCAAUCGACACUUUCACCGAAGAAGAGGUUGCUGCGGGGUAUAGUUUGUUACAGUACAUACAGGCUCAACUGCAAGGCUUAAAUCUGAAGUUACAGCCGCCGCGACGCCGACAUCUUGACGAAUCCAUGAAUAUUGAUCGUAAUAGCCUCAGAGGACUCGAGAUUCUCGAAUCAGCACGAGAUGGUUUUGGGAAAGGCAGCCUGCUCCAUGCAGUACGCCGGACCUCAACCAAAAGUGGAGCGCGCCUAUUACGGGAUCGCCUAACAUCUCCCUCGACUUCAUUAGCGGUGAUUAAUGAACGUCUCGAUCUAGUUUCAGUUUUCAUUGAGGAUAAGACGCUAAAAGAGGAUCUAGUACAGCUGCUGAAACGCAGUUACGAUGCUCAGCGUUUGGUCCAAAAAUUCACACUGGGCCGAGGGGACCCAGAUGAUUUGAUCUGUUUAUCUCGAGCUAUAGAAGCUUCGAAAGAAGUAAAGCGCCUGCUAUUGUCCAAAGAACGCGAUGAAAGCAGUAAUGCGCAGGUCACGGACGCUUCUCGGCAAUCUCUUCGGACAAUGAUUAGUCGACUCUAUCUGGAUGGGCCAACUGUUUUGGCUGAUAAAAUUCUGUCCGCAAUUGAUGAGGAAGGUUUGCUUCAGCAGCAACGCAUAGAAGACGAUACGGCAGCGGAAGCCGCCAGCCUAGCCCAGGAAGUCACCCUCAAUGAGGGUGUGCCUGGUGAUCUGGAGAGUUUACCGAAAAAGGUCAGGACUAAGGGCAACUAUCGCCCAGCAGUAGAUGACUCCUCCACUGCUGACGCUUGGAUUAUGCGGAGAGAUGCAAGCCAUGCACUUGAAGAGCUUCACCGGACAUUGGACCAGCUACAGGCUGAGAAGCUGAGCCUAGGUCAGCAUCUCCGUGACUCCGUCGGGUCGUCCGCCCUUACCCUCAAAUGGACCCCUGGUUUAGGGCACAUAUGCCAUGUCAAGGGUGCCAAAAUCUCGCAAAAACAACUAGAAGAUUUGGGUGUCACGCGAAAUGUCUCCUCAACAAAGUCGACCAGGUCAUUCUAUUUGCCCGCGUGGACUGAACUUGGCGGCCGAAUGGACCAAAUAAAACUCCAGAUCCGCCAGGAGGAGCAGGCGAUCUUUGAGGGACUUCGUCGCGAGGCCAUUCUUAACCUGGUGAAAAUUCGACGCAAUGCAUUGGCUAUGGAUGAACUUGACGUCGCGUGUUCAUUUGCCACGCUCGCUGACGAGCAACGGCUGGUUCGCCCAGUCCUUACUCAAGGCACUAGCCACAAGAUCGUGGGAGGGAGACAUCCAACUGUCAAGCUCGGCCUUGAGGAGCAGGGGCGACAUUUCGUAAGCAACGACUGUUUCCUGGGUGAAUCCGAGCGCAUCUGGCUUAUCACCGGGCCCAACAUGGCAGGUAAAAGCACAUUCCUGCGACAAAAUGCCUUAAUCACCAUCCUUGCGCAGGUUGGGUCUUUCGUACCUGCCGACUACGCAGAGAUUGGUGUCGUCGACCAGAUCUUUAGUCGCAUCGGCGCGGCAGACGACCUCUUCCGCGAUCAGUCGACGUUCAUGGUAGAGAUGCUAGAAACAGCUGCGAUCCUCAAGCAGGCGACAGCACGGUCGUUUGUGAUCAUGGACGAGGUCGGUCGUGGUACCACACCAGAGGAUGGAGCAGCAGUCAGUUUUGCCUGCCUGCACCACCUGCACUACCGCAACCAGUGCCGGACGCUGUUUGCCACACAUUUCCAUACUCUUGCUGACAUGACGCAUGAAUUUCCGGCGCUUGGGAGAUAUUGCACCGAUGUGAAAGAGGCUUCUUCGGGUUCAUUUUCGUUUGUCCAUCGGCUGCGAAAGGGUGUGAACCGCGAGUCGCAUGCUUUGAAGGUUGCUCAACUGGCCGGACUGCCCAAGGAGACCCUCGAACUGGCGCGCAGUGUGCGUAACAAUGUUCACAAGGAUGUAGACCCCCCGCUCAGUGCCUCCGCUUCAUGA